UCUCUGUCAGUUUAACGAACAAGAUGAAGUUGCUCAGCUGUUGCCUGAUAUUCCUGCUGCUUCAGGGGAUGUCCUUAAGCAAACGUCUGUUAGAGCAGGAUUCUGCUCCUUCCCUUUAUAUCAACGGACGUAUUAAGGGUGGUCAGAUAGCUGAGAUUGGAUUGGCCAAAUAUCAAGUCUCCCUACAGCCCACACUGGGCUCUCACAACUGUGGUGGGGCCAUCCUAAACAAUCAGUGGAUCAUAACUGCGGGACACUGUGUGUUUGGCUAUUCAGUCGACAGAAUAGUGGUGGUAACGGGCACAAAUCAAUUUGCGAAGCCAGGAAGUGUCUAUUAUACCUUGGAGAAGCAUGUCCACUGCAUGUACGAUAAUCCCUAUAUGCACAAUGAUAUUGCAUUAUUGAAACUUACCCAAAACAUAACCUUCAAUGAGCUAACACAACCCAUACCGUUGCCUGUAGCUCCUCUCAGUGAGGGUGCUGAGAUUCUGCUCACUGGUUGGGGUGCCGAGGAACCCUAUGGCGAUACGCAUCGCGAUCUACAAAAGCUCAUCAUGAAGUUUGUGGAAUUAAAUCAGUGCAUGGAUAUAUUCAAUCAGACAAGCUCUUUGGGAAUCGGUCACAUUUGCACCUUUUCCAAGGAGGGUGAGGGCGGCUGUCAUGGUGACUCGGGUGGUCCACUCGUGAGCAAUGGCCACCUCGUUGGCCUGGUGAACUGGGGCCGGCCCUGCGCCAUGGGAUUUCCAGAUGUGCAGGCCAAUGUGUACUACUAUCUCGACUGGAUCAGGACCGUAAUCAGCGGCAAUGCCAAGUGCAGUCGUUAACCUCAACAAUGGUAAUCGACAGCAUUUGACUAAGAGAUACCCUGUACCCUGCUGCAAGUUAUUGUUCAAAUAUAAAUAAAAUUUUGAA